AACAAAUUUUUGUGAAGCUCCUCAGCCUGCGGGCAGAGAGAGAGAGAGAGAGAGAGAGAAAGAGGAUGAGUGGAGAAGGAAAGGUGGUGUGUGUAACAGGAGCUUCUGGGUACAUAGCGUCAUGGCUGGUGAAGCUCUUAUUACAAAGGGGAUACACUGUCAAAGCCUCUGUUCGUGACCCAAAUAAUCCGAAGAAAACAGAACACUUGCUUUCACUGGAUGGAGCUAGGGAAAGACUCCAUUUGUUUAAAGCAAAUUUAUUGGAUGAAGGAGGUUUUGAUGCUGUGGUUGAUGGCUGUAGAGGUGUUUUCCACACUGCAUCCCCUGUAUUUAGUUCAACUUUAGCCACUGAUCCACAGGCACAGCUAAUUGACCCUGCGGUGAAGGGGACACUUAAUGUUCUCAGAUCAUGCGCAAAAACUCCUUCUGUAAAGAGGGUCAUUCUAACAUCUUCCAUUGCUUCAGUUUCCUUCAAUGGAAAACCUCUGACACCUGAUGUGGUAGUUGAUGAGACUUGGUUUUCAGAUCCAGCUUUUUGUGAGGAGUUGAAGUUGUGGUAUAUGCUUUCAAAAACUUUAGCUGAAGAGGCUGCAUGGAAAUUUGCAAAAGAAAAUGGGAUUGACUUAGUGACUCUAAAUCCAGGACUUGUGAUUGGUCCUCUCUUACAGCCAACUCUUAAUUUCUCUAUAGAAUUAGUUCUGGAUCAUAUAACUGGAGCUCAAACCUUCCCCACCGGAGUGUAUAGAUUUGUGGAUGUCAGAGAUGUUGCAAUUGCACAUAUUCUGGCAUUUGAAGUUCCAUCUGCAAGUGGAAGAUACAUUUUAGUUGGAGAUGUUAUGCAUAUCUAUGAGGCUUUGAAGAUUGUACAAAAACAUUACCCUGCUUUGAGACUUCCAGAAAAGGCUUCCAUUAAUGAUACUGAUUCUCUGCUGUCUGACAAGACAAUUUCUUCCUAAUGCUGAUGACGAAUUACUUGGAGGUAGACCAAGAAGCUCUUAUCAACUUCAAGAAUGGUCUUCAUGAUCCUGAAAACCAGCUUUCUUCAUGGAAGGGAAGCAACUGUUGUCAAUAGCGGGGAAUAAGCUGCGAGAGCAGUACUGGGACUGUUAUUGCAGUUGAUUUUCAUAAUCCAUGUCGAGAUGGUUUUGAUUCUUUUGACAGGUAUUCAUUCUAGAACCUCAGUGGGGAGAUUAGACUUUCAUUGACAUAGCUGAAGUCUUUUGAGCCAUUUGGACUUGAGUUUUAAGCUCAACACAUUCAAUGACAAUCCAAUUCCUGAAUUUUUUGCCGAUCUUUGAAAAAUUUGCAGUACCUAAACCUCUCAAAAGCUGGGUUUACAUGUGCACUUCCUCCAAAUUUAGGAAACCUCUGUAAGUUGCAAUAUUUUGGUGUCAAGAUCCUGGGUUCUACAUCAAUAAUUUUACUAGUUGAUAAUCUUGAAUGGGUAAACGGUCUGGUCUCUCUAAUGCAUCUUUAAUGAAUAAAGUUAUUUUUCAGUGGUAGGAUUAGACUGGCUUAAGACACUAAAAUCAGCUCCCUUACUUGUUUGAGUUGCAUCUGUCUGAUUGCAGUUUAUCUGGUUUCUUUCGAUCUCUUACCUUAUGUAAAUUUAACUUCACUUGUUAUCCUUAAUCUUAGUUUUGACAAUUUCAAUUCAAAAAUGCCUCAUUGGCUAUUAAAUAUUAGUACCCUCGUUCCUUUGGACAUAAGCAAUAGUGAAUUGCGUAGCAGCAUUCCACUUGGUUUUAAUGACCUGCCAGAUUUGAUGUUUUUAUACCUUGAUAGAAAUUAUGAUCUAAUAGCAAGUUGCCAUCAAUUGUUGGUUGGGCAACAGAAGAAGAUACUAGUCCUUGACUUUACAUACAAUAGUCUACAUGGGAAACUUCCUGCUUCCAUUUCUCAGUCACUAAGAUUUUUGGUCAAAUAAUGUCGAGGGUGGGAUUCCAAGCUCUAUUGGAAACUUUGCAACCUGAAAUAUUUUUCUUAUGGUAAGAAAUUACUUGACUGGAUCUUUACCUAAAUUCGUUGAGGGAACAAAAAAUUGCCUUUGUAGGACGCCAUUGCCUGGUUUGCAAUAUUUGGACUUGUCAGGCAAUCACUUGGUUGGUAAAUUACCAGAAUGGCUAGGUCAGCUGAAGAAUCUUGUUCAGCUUGGUUUGGAUUAUAACUUUCUAUAUGCUUCCAUUCCAUCCUAGCUUCUUGAGGAUUAUUGCAAAAUCUUACUGAUCUGAGACUAGUAGGAAAUGAACUAAAUGGGACUCUCCCUGAAUGUUUGGCUUUCUAAGUUGUCUUCAUUUGAUGUUUCUCUCAACCACUUGAUGGGCAAUGUUACUAUCUUUAAACUCUUUCACCUUGAAUGUCAGUUCCAAUUGGGUUCCUGCAUUCCAAGUCUAGGAACUUCAUAUGGGUUCAUGUCAUUUGGGUCCUCCAUUUCCUGCUUGACUAAAGUCACAAAAGGAAGUUUACUAUGUGGAUUUUUCAAACGCAAGCAUUUCUGGUUCCAUACCCUAUUGAUUUUGGGAAUAUUCAUCUAUCUUAACAUGGUUGAAUGUUUCCUUUCAUCAAUUAGUAGAUCGUCUAUCAAGUACACUAAAGUUUCCUUCAUGUGGAUUUGUUAAUUUUGGUUCUGGUGCAGUGGUUGAUUUCAGCUCAGACAACUUCAGUGGGUACACUUCUAUUCCAAAUGGCAAUGUUGUAUCACUUGAUCUACUGAAAAAUAAACUUUCUGGUACUAUUCCAAAUUACAUAAGUGAUUCCUUGAAUUUCCUCUCUAUUUCUGAAAACCAGAUAAAAGGAGAAAUCCCAAAUUCUACAGGUCACAAUCCUGAUCUUGAAGUUGUUGAUCUUUUUUCAAUAACAACUUAACAGGAAGUCUUCCAUCAAGCAUUGGAAUUGUUUCCAUCUCAAAGUACUAGAUGUCACCAUGAAUCAUUUGUCCGGAAGAAUUCUUGCCUCUUUGAGUCGGUUAGGUAGGCUUGAAACAUUGCACCAAAAUGACAGAAAGCUCUACGGAGAGCUCCCAUCAUCUUUCCAGAACUUCUCAGGUUUGGAGACACUAAUGGAAACAACAGAUAUGGGUAGAAUUCCUCCAUGGAUUGGAAAGGAUUUUGAACAACUAAGAAUUCUUAGCUUGAGGUCCAAUUCAUUUUCUGGAGAACUUCCACCUGGUCUAUCAAAUUUAACUUCAGUUUAAGUUCUGGACCCAUUGGAAAAUCAGUUGAAUAGGAGUAUUCCUGCUAGGUUUGGAGAAUUCAAAGCUAUGUUACAAGUGCAAAACAUUAACUGUUAUCUGUUAUAUGUGGCUUUCCGAAGUUCCAUAUAUAUAUGCUACUCUGAAAGCUUUGUUGUGAAUGCAAAAGGCCAGCCUCCAACAUACACCAAGACCCUUUCCCUUGUAAUCAGUCUAGACCUCUCAAGUAAUAAUUUAAGUGGAGAUAUUCCUAGCUAGACCGAUAGCAAAUUUGUUGGGUUUUGUGGUCCUUAACUUGUCAAAUAACCAUAUCAGUGGACACAUUGCUGAAAGCAUUUUGAAGUUGAAGCAAGUGUCGUCCCUUGAUAUCUCGAGUAAUCGGUCCUCCAGUGCUAUUCCUCAAAGCUUGGCAACACUCUCAAUCCUGGGGUAUCUGCAUUCUUUUUUGCUGGAAACCUUAGCCUCUAUGGUAGUCCACUUUCUGUAAAAUGUCCAGGUGAUUAUGGUGAUGAUCCAAGUAAGUGAUGGACUACUCCCAGUGAUAAUACUAAUGGUGACAGCUUCAUUGAUACAAGGUUUUACAAUGUUUUACCUGAGUGUUGUAUUGUGGAUUUGCGGCAGGAAUUCUUGUUCCUUUUCUGAUAAUGGCAAUUGAAAUCUUGGAGUGUUGCCUACUUUGAUGUAGUGGAUGGUGUUUUAGACAAAAUAUUAUAUAUAUCGUUGAAGUAUAGAACCAUGAAGUAGAGGACUAGAGGGCAUCAACAGAGAAGAUGGUAUCUGUUUUCUUUCUUUAAUUUGAUACCCUUAUCACAGACUACUUGUAGGACUAAUUGUCAAUCCUUUCAUUAUGGAGAAAUGAAGAAAUUUGGUUCUUGACA